AUGGAAGCUUCACGUGCAUGCCGAUGGCGCCGCAUAGCUGCCAAGCGAGGACAAUUUCCGGCGGUGGCCAUGGCUGCCAUAUUUCUGGGAGCUGUUCGGCCGACUUUCGUGCUUAACAGGCCUUUCUCUCGACGGUCGGUCCUGGGCGUUGUUGGAGCGGGCGUUGCGAUCACAGAGGAGCCGGUAUUCGCCGAAUCUCCAGACAGUCUAGACAGUGUCUUGCUGUUCUCGAAUGCGGUUGCAGCAUCAAAGGCGCAAAAGUUCAGGACGAACACUUCGGCACGCGAUGUCGCUGCAUAUUGUGUGCACACGGCUCCCGACGCCAAUCGCAAGUUCACAUGUGUGGUGCAAACGACCACGAGAACGCGAAUUUACCAGCAACAUGUAGAGAUAUGUAGAGGUAUGACAGGCGCCUGCACAGCCUCGGGCUUGGUGUCGAGGAUGGUUUUUGCAUGUUUUAGCUGCAAUCUGGAAAUGUUGCUCGUGCGUGGAAUUAUCUCGUUUCAUGACGUUGCGAGGGCGCGUGGUGCAAUUUUUUCGCUCAUGCCUGCUUCCCUUCGUGCAUGCCCAGGCCGCGGCCUUUGCAAGAGAAGCGUCUGGCAAGCUGGCCAGCCGCCGGCUGACCCGCCUUCGGCAUCACGUGUUCACGUCAUCGCCCAUCGGAAUCGACGUAGCAAAGCGCACGUUGGAAUUCCGCAUCGUGGCAGCGCAUGUCGGUUUUCAUGCUCCCGGCUAGGUGGACCGUUGUGA